UGACAAAAUGGAACCCACCAGCAGUGUGAGGAGACCUGAAAGUGGCACAUGGCAGAGUGUGGCGAUGGAGACAGCAGCAAUGGGAGGCCGUACAGGGACCCAUGACACACUCUGGACCUGGCAGCAGCAUGAGGAGGCGGUACGGGGGCCCAUGGCAGAUUACGGGCCUGGCAGCAGCAAUGGGAGGCCCGUAAUCUGCCAGCACCUAUGACAAAAUGGAACCCACCAGCAGUGUGAGGAGACCUGAAAGUGGCACAUGGCAGAGUGUGGCGAUGGAGACAGCAGCAAUGGGAGGCCGUACAGGGACCCAUGAGACACUCUGGACCUGGCAGCAGCAUGA